UGUACAAGAAGUGGGGAGAUAAACGGCAAUACAGGAGAACUCCCGAGAGCGACCCAGAAAGUUCUCUGAAAGAUAUAGGUGAAGAGUUUUUGAAUCAACUGAAAACAUAUUACAAGGAUGAGAUGAAAACCACCCCCAUUCAUACCACAGAGUUUUCCAAGACAAGGGCAACUGAGGACAUCUUUGUCUUUCCAGACAUAUGUCACACAGAUGAAACUAAAACAAAACUGAACUCGCUUGAUGAUCUGAUGAAGUUGUUGCAUGGCAACCACCAUGUGGCUGUCGUGGGAAGUGCAGGAUGUGGAAAGACCACAUUGAUUGGAAAAAUUGGUUAUGAUUGGGCAAACCAUGGCAGAUCUUCCUUCAAAUAUGUGGUAAUCCUUAGGAUGAAGGAAAUCUGUGGUACCUCAGGUUUCUUGGAGGCUGUUCAUACGAGGCUCCUACCCACAAAGUCUGAGAUUCCCAAAUGGCAACUGAAGCAUCAUCUGGAGAAACAUGAGAAAGAGUUGCUGAUCAUAGUUGAUGGUUCGUGUUUGUCUUCUAAAGAGUUUCGUUCGUCAACUCCCCAUGAUGACUGGUCAUUGAAGAAUUUACUUUCUUUCAAGGCACUCAGUAAAUGCUCACUGCUUGUAACUAUCAGCGGCCAUCAACUUGAGCAGCUUCAGCGCUACUCCAGCAAGUACACUGUUGUCAAAACAGAUGGUUUCUCUUCUGAGAACAUUGCUGAAUACAUUGGGAAGUCCCUUGGGCCUGGUCAAGAAGCACAAAAACUCACUGAAACAGUUCGUGCUUCUGAGAUAAUAAGUUCUCUUGCCAAAUCCCCAAUCAUGCUGCAAGUACUGUGUCGUAUAUGGAAGGACAACAAAACUCUCCCUCAACAGAUAGCGGCAUUGUUUGACAAAGCAGUAGAUGUGCUGGUCCAACACAUUUCGUGUGAAGAUGGCUCAGCUUGGCAAGAUUUUGAUAGGCUUAGAUCAAGUAUCGGUGAAGUUGCUCUGACAGACUUGCUGGAAGACCAACGAAAAAGGUCAGAGUUCUUCCGAGAUGAGUUUCCUGAUGGUCGUGCUCUAAAAUUUGGAUUAGAGAUUGGGGUUUUGUUGGAAGAAAGCUACAGCACUGGGGAGAACCAGAAAUCCAUUGUGAAAUUCUCAAGAGUCUAUUACCAGGAAUACCUGGUAGCUUGCUAUUUGGUUCAUGGCAGUGGCGGAGAGACAUGUGUGAGAGAAAAGUUCUUGCCAAAGGUAACUUUGGAAACUGUACAAAAAAAUGAAAGGCUCAUCCGGUUCUGUUGUGGAAAGAGUGGCAAUGCUAGAUCAGUGAUCAUAGAUCACCUCAAGGGGCUCAGAGACAGUUGUGAUCAGCCAACCCAAAAGCAAUGGUUGUCGAAUUUCAUAAAAGAUCUCUGUGAAUGAGAAGCCUGUACUAGAUCAUUAUUGCAGUAGCAAAUGAUUUAUAACCGCAUAAGGAGCGGUCUUUAAUUCUCCUGUUACUCCAUGAUCUCACUUCUUUGGAUCUAUACCCAAUAGAUCCUGCUUAGCCCAAUAAGCAAGUUCAGUUUUCCACCAGCAGUUGCACCAAAUGAAGCAUACUAUAAAUUAUUUGGGAUGAUCAAUCUACGUCAACAAGAUUGGCCAGGUUAGUGUAGUCAUGCAUGUAUGCCAACUUAUAAGCAUUGAACAUGUUCGAGCUGACUUGAUGUCAAAUGUUUUAUCCUGAAUGGCCUGGCCGUAUUGAAACCCCAUAAGUAAUAACUUG